UCCUGCCGCAAGGAUGCCCGUGAACGCUGCUCCGUCGUCGCCGUCGGAUAACUCACUUACACGGGAAGAGUAGCAUCGGGAAAAGGGAAAGUGCCAGCAGAGGCAGAGGCAGAGGCAGAAGCAGCAGCAGCAGCAAAACCAACAACCAUACCAUCGCCACAUCGCAUUGUGCCACAUUUAAAAAUGAAAACAGACGAAGGAAUGAAGUGAAGGCAGAAGCCAAAAGCCGUUUAAUAACUAAAUCCCACGGAGCCAUCGUUGGUCACGUUCUGAGACGGAUACACAAAAUGCCUCUCUCCGCGUAUCCUUCGAACUUACUGUGUGCGCGCUUGUGUGUGUGCGCCUGUAACUGUGACUGUGACUGUGCCAGUGUCUGUGUGCUUCCCCCCGUCGCAGUGUGAGUGUGCAUACCUAUAGGGCUCUGGCUGGCACCUAAUGUGGCCAACAUACACAUACGCACAUUGCCGUCUAUACGAAUAUAAUAAUACAAAGCACACGUCCUUGUCGCUCGACUCGCUGUCAUCGUGUGCGUGCGUGUCCGUGUCCGUGGAUUCGUGGGUCCUUGCGUCCUUGCGUCCAUGUGUCCGUGUGUCCACUUCCGCCGAACGGAUAUAUUUUCGAAAUCCGCGCUAUUAAGCCACGCACCCAAAGUAAGCCAGUAAGCCAGACCAAAAUAAACCUGUGUAUGCGACUGGGCCGCUUUUUUGACCAUUGUUGAACGGAUUGAUUGGUGAACUGUGACGUUGUCGAACUUUGUCGCUUGCUGAAUUGUUGCGGCAUUGUUGAAUGCCAAUGGCUAUUGUGCAACUGUUGAAUGAGCCAUGCCAGCAGGCCCGCCUAAUUAUUGCGCAUUGCGCAAUCAAAUGUCAGUGGCAAGAUCGAGUGUAACGCAGUAGUAAAGUCAGGCAGCUCAAGGAUUGACCCGUUUGGAUUACGGAGAGGAUGACGCUGGUGUCAUUUGGAAGUCAUUGCCGAGACCCAUUAUUAAACCUUAAACCGUAAACGGAGCAAAUACAACAGGCGGCCGGAGCGGAGGACUCCUUCGCCCUCAUCAAAGUAGCAGCCGUAGUAGCAGUCCGAGUGGAGAGCAUAAAACAUGUGGACAACGGACUGCCCGGGAGCGUUGAAAGCGAUUUGCCUGGUGCCGCUGUGGCUGCUCCUGCUCCUUGAUUGCGGCAUGGUCGGUGGCGAGGUGCCGCCGCAUUACUGGGAAACCCCGUACUCGCAGCCGUACUUCGACAACUCCUCGAGGCGUGAGGUCACCGCAACCGUGGGCCAGGCGGCCCUGCUGCACUGCCGCGUCCGGAAUCUGGGCGAUCGAGCGGUGUCCUGGAUAAGGAAGCGCGACCUGCACAUCCUGACGGUGGGCAUACUAACCUACACCAACGACCAGCGCUUCCAGUCGCUGCACUCCGAGGGAUCCGACGAGUGGACGCUGCGCAUCUCAUCGCCACAGCCGCGGGACUCGGGCACCUACGAGUGCCAGGUGUCCACGGAGCCGAAGAUCAGCCAGGGAUUCCGCCUCAACGUUGUGGUGUCGCGGGCCAAGAUCCUGGGCAACGCGGAGCUCUUCAUCAAGAGCGGCAGCGACAUCAAUCUCACCUGCCUGGCGAUGCAGUCGCCGGUGCCGCCAUCGUUCAUCUACUGGUACAAGGGCAAGCGGGUCAUGAAUUACUCGCAGCGCGGUGGCAUCAACGUCAUCACGGAGCGUUCAACACGGACCAGCAAGCUGCUCAUAGCCAAGGCCACGCCGGCGGACUCGGGCAACUACACGUGCUCCCCGAGCAGCUCAGAUUCCGCUUCGGUGGUGGUGCACGUCAUCAACGGGGAACAUCCGGCCGCCAUGCAGCACGGCAACAGCAGCGCCAGCUGCCUGCGCCCCCUCUCGCCCACGUCCGUGCCUUUCGUCCUUGCCACCUGGAUGUCGAUGACGGUGGCGGCUGUCGCCUGGAACUGCAACUUCAACGGCAACUGGAACUACUGGAGUCCCGACUGGCGCUGGCACUGGAACCCUAAUUGGAAUUGGAGCAACCUGGCGGCUGCUGUGGUGGGUCUCUGGAGCUGGAGCUGAUCCGGAAGGCAGUUGCGCACAGAUGCCUCGAUUGAUGCCUCGAGUCUAAGCCCCCAAAAAGCUGAGCAACAGUCCCGGCCAAGUUGGGACUGAACCACUCCUCCCCAGGUGCAUUUAAUGAGAGCGGCGGAGGAGCGUCUUACGAACUAGUGUACAUAUACAGUGUGUCCUUCAACGAGUAUUAUCUAUAAGACAUCCCCGAGCAGGCAGGCAGUAUUACGAACGACAAAGGAGACAAGGAAGUUUUAAUCAACCAUCAGUCAACAGGAAGAGUCCAGGCCACAUGCACUAUUCAUACCCAGGAAGACAGGAAAAUUAACCAACUCCCAGCUGCUUCACAGCUGUUCACCCAAAAAGCAGUGUUUUCAUUGUAUAUCAUUUGAAAUUCAUUUCGCUUUACACAGGGUUAUAAUCACCGCAAGGUCAGGCCAAAAGUCAGCAAUUAUAGAGAACCUUUCGGUUUACAGUAGCAUUUGGGUUUAUUGAAGCUGAAAUGUCCGAUUGUAUAUAAACAAUACACAAACAUAAAUAAUUUAGGCCCCCGAUUGUUUAUUUAUUCAUACCGAAAUCAAACACCCUGCACGUUGGGAAGUGAAGUGGAUAGAUGGGGUGGAUAGCCCCGGCUAUAUUUAUAUAAAUAUAUAAAUAUAUAUAUAUAGAUGGUUAUUCAGUGUAUAUGGAUAAGUUUUUAUCUGGUUGUCAGCCGCGAAAUUGUUCUACGUAGUCCAUCAUCUAGUUACUGUGUAAAAUAUUCAUACUUGAUAAUUGUACAUUUAGAGGUCGGUUUUAAGCGGUCUUGAUAAGACUUUUAAGCAGUAAGAGCGAGCGGAUCGAUUCGAUCGCGUUUCAACCCGAAAACCAAAACCAAAACCAAAUAGCGAAAAGAAAAAUGAAAAAUGAAAAACUUACACAAAUUAUUAAAACUAACGAAAAAGUGAACGGUACAUGAAGCUAGCCUAA